GCCCCUUAAAACAAACUGUAAAACCCACAAAAACACAGCCCUUUCAGGAGGAAGAAGAAGGAAGGAAGGAAGGAAGGAAGGAAGGAAGAAUUAUGUGCGAGGCAUUGAGGAACAACUACCAGCUGUUUGAGGAGAUCGGUCGGGGACGGUUCGGGACGAUAAUCCGGUGCUUCUCCCCCGAAAAGGGCGGCUUCUUCGCGGCCAAGGUCAUCGAAAAGAGCCUCCUUGAGGACCCGACGGACCGCGAGUGCCUCGAGAAUGAGCCCCAGAUCAUGACCCUCCUGUCGCCUCACCCGAACAUUGUAUCGAUCCUCGACGCCUUCGACUCGUCACCCGGCUCCUCCGACGGCUCGCUUGCCAUCGUCAUGGAGCUCUGCGGGCCGCAUACCUUAUAUGAUCGCAUCGCCCUGGCUGGCCGGGCGCUCCCCGAGCCCGAGGCGGCAGCCCUGGUCGAGCAGCUCCUCCUCGCCGUGGCACACUGCCACCGCCUUCGGGUGGCACACCGCGACAUCAAGCCCGAGAACGUGUUCUUCGACGCCCACGGGGCCGCCCUCAAGCUCGGGGACUUCGGAUCCGCCGUGUGGCUCGGGGGAGGCUCGGCGUCGGGUGUGGUCGGGACGCCAUACUAUGUGGCCCCAGAGGUCCUGAUGGGGAAGGAGUACGGGGAGAAGGUGGACGUGUGGAGCUGCGGCGUCAUCCUCUACAUCAUGCUCUCCGGUGGGAUCCCGCCGUUCUACGGGGAAUCGGCGAAGGAGAUCUUCGAGGCGGUGGCGAGGGGGAACCUGAGGUUCCCGCCGAAGCUCUUCCGGUCGGUCUCGGCGCCGGCUAAGGAUCUGAUCAGGAAGAUGGUCUGCCGGGACGCCUCGAGGCGGAUAUCAGCAGAGCAGGCAUUAAGGCACCCAUGGAUCCUAAAUGGAGGAGAGACAAGCUCACUGUCCGACUGAUUAACCGAGCAACAGAUCAAGUGAGGCUAACUACCAACCACCACUGUAAAUCCCAGCAGCAGUUUCGGCUCGGAAUAAAGGGCGCGCGCGAUGUUCCGGCGAGUUCGAUAUGACCUGAUAGAUCGGGUUCAGCAGGACGAUCUCGGAACCCCCUAAGUACAGAGAGACAAGCAGAGGACUAAAAGGAUCUUUUUUUUUUUUUUUUGGUGAUGUUUUUCCGAAUAGGAGAUGUUGACUUUCCCCGCCUCAUCUGUUUUUUUUUUUUUUUUUUCGGUUAUGGAGGAAGUGAGAAAGCUUUUGUCGAGGAAGAAGAAGAAUUUGCUUACUGUUUUGGUCUUUGCCAUGGAAAUGGAACCGGCUUGGCUUACUUUGACUUUUGCUCUGAGUCCCUUCCAUGGAAGAUCGUAGAGAAUAUGCUCUGUUGUGAGGUAUUGCCACAAACUUAGUACAGAGACAUGUCUUGUGAAUUAAUAAGUUUAUAUGUUUUUUAUAUUUGAAAUGCUAAUCUCUUCUCUAUCUCA